AUGUUCGUCGGUGGCCUCAGUUGGGAUACAAGCAAAAAAGACUUGAAAGAUUACUUCACCAAGUUUGGUGAGGUAACCGACUGUACGAUAAAGAUGGAUCCUAACACAGGAAGAUCCAGAGGCUUUGGAUUUAUUCUUUUCAAAGAACCUGGGAGUGUUGAAAAGGUCCUGGAACAGAAAGAACACAGGCUAGAUGGACGAUUAAUUGACCCCAAGAAGGCCAUGGCAAUGAAAAAGGAUCCAGUGAAGAAAAUAUUUGUUGGCGGACUUAACCCAGAAGCCACAGAAGAGAAAAUCAGGGAAUACUUUGGAGAGUUUGGAGAGAUUGAAGCAAUUGAACUUCCCAUGGAUCCAAAGACCAACAAAAGGAGGGGUUUUGUGUUCAUCACCUUCAAGGAAGAGGAUCCAGUGAAGAAGAUCUUGGAGAAGAAAUUCCAUAACGUCAGUGGAAGCAAGUGUGAGAUUAAGGUAGCACAGCCAAAAGAAGUUUACCAGCAGCAACAGUUCAGUAGUGGUGGCGGAAGAGGUAGCUAUGGAGGAAGAGGCAGAGGUGGAAGAGGCGGUGCUCAAAGUCAAAAUUGGAAUCAAGGUUAUGGCAAUUACUGGAACCAGGGUUAUGGGAAUCAAGGAUACGGCUAUCAGCAAGGUUAUGGUGGCUAUGGAGGCUAUGAUUAUUCAGGAUAUGGGUAUUAUGGAUAUGGACCAGGCUAUGAUUACAGUCAAGGCAGUGCAAAUUAUGGGAAGACACCAAGACGUGGUGGCCAUCAGAAUAACUACAAGCCAUAUUGAUCAAACUUAUUCAGGCCUGGCAAGUGGUCACAGUUGAUGCCUACAAGCACUGGAUAUUCCACAAGUUGAAGACGGAAUACUGACUUGUUUACCUGAAGAUAAUAGGACUUCGGGGUAUUUCCUCAGAGAAAAUAUAAAUUUUAAUAUAAUUUCAUAAGCUUUGGAGGUUAGCUUGUCUUGUAGCUUCAGUGAUAUCAAACUUCUUCAAGUAGGAGCUAGAUAGAAAGCUGUUUAGUUUUUGCCAGCGUAUGUAAAACAAGACUUUUCUAUCUGCAUUGUAGAUUGUUUGUGGACACUUCCAGAUUCUUGUGCUUUUCUGCAGUCAUUCUGGGGACUGACCUCUCAUUGAUACCAACAGAAGGUCCAUGACCAGGACGAGUGCAGGAUAUUGAGUGUAGAGGCCCACAGUGUGGUUUGGAGUAGGGCAUUGCUUUAGUUUGGAGAUGACCUGGGGAGAUGCGAAGAUCAACUGUACAUUAAGGGAACAAUUACAGAUCCUCUUCCCAGUGACAUCAAUGAGAGAUUUGCCUUCAACCUUCCACAGAAGACAAAUUGAGCUUUAAUUUGGGACAUUAAAGGGUUUUUUCAAAAGCACUAAAGCCAGCGGGAGCUUGAUUUCCAACUGCUCCUUAUGCCUUUAAAACCCCCCCACACCAAAAACGAUAGCUAACAUCAUGAAAUGGAAGUAAAUAAAAUGCAUUUUCAUUGCUGUUUGAGUUACA